AUGUCAGCGGAGAUGGCACCUUCGAACGAUAAAUUGCUCACCGAAUUCAAUGUGGAUGGCAAAGCUGCAGAGCAGCCUCCGGUGCCCAGAAAAAGCGCAGAGAAGGUUGCUAAAAAGUUACGUGAUUUGUUUGGUGAUAAAGCUUUAAAAGAAAGACAGUGCCGAAAUUGGUUCAUCAAAUUCCGUUCUGGAGAUUUUUCACUUAAAUAUGCGCAACGUUCAGGUCGGCCAAGUGAUGUCGAUGAAGACAUUAUGAAGGCUUUACUCGAAUUGGAUCGUCAUGUAACUUUGCGUGAGAUUGAAGAGAAAUUAAAUAUACCAAAAUCAACCGUUCAUGAUCAUAUAAAUAGUCUUGGACUGUCCAAGCAUGAUGAAGCGCCACAAACCACUUCAAAGGCUGAUAUUCACCAAAAGAAGAUUAUGCUGUCAGUUUGGUGGGGCUGGAAGGGUGUGGCAUAUUUUGAGUUGCUUCAGAGGAACCAAACGAUUAAUUCGUGUGUCUACUGCCAACAAUUAGACAAAUUGAAAACAGCCAUCAACGAGAAGCGACCGGAAUUGAUCAAUCGUAAAGGUGUCAUAUUUCAUCAGGACAACGCUACACCGCAUACCGCUUCGGUCCCUCGCCAAAAACUAAAAAAGCUUGGCUGGGAACUUCUGAUGCAUCCUCAAUAUAGCUCUGACUACGCAUCGUCAGACUACCAUUUAUUUCGGUAUUUGCAGACCUCCUUAAAUGGUAAAACUUUCGGCAAUGACGAGGCUACAAAAUCGCACUUGGUUGAGUUUUUUGCAAAUAAAGGCCAGAAGUUCUAUGAGGAACUCUGGAACACCUACUCUGCCACUACCCUGUAUAUAGCAAAACACCAAUAA